GGCGGGGGCGGGGCCGGCGCGCCUCCUCCGCCCAAUGAGGGCGAGGCUGCCCGCUUUCAGCCAAUGGGCGUUGGCGGAGGGGGGGAGCGCGCCUUGCGUUGCGCUUCCUUCCUUCCCCUCCGGAAGCCGCGCGCAGGUUCCCGUCGGGAUGGCGUCGGCGGCGGAGAAGCGGUGCGAGCGGCUGGAGGAGGCGUCGGCGCGUGCGGUGCUGGCGGGGGCGGACGCGGUGCUCUUCGACUGCGACGGCGUGCUGUGGCGGGGCGAGGCGGCGGUGCCGGGGGCGCCGGAGACGCUGCGCCUGCUGGAGGCCGCCGGGCCGGAGGGGAAGCGCCUCUGCUACGUCACCAACAACUCCUCGCGCACGCGCCUGGCCUACACGGAGAAGCUGAAGCGCCUGGGGUUCCCGCCGGCCGCGCCGCGCCAGGUCUUCGGCUCUGCCCACUGCGCCGCGCGCUACCUGAGCCACGCCCUCCCGCCGGGGGGCUCCGCCUACGUGCUGGGCGGGGCCGCGCUGAGCACCGAGCUGCAGGCGGCGGGCGUGGCCCACCUGGGCGUCGGCCCCGCCCCCCCGCCCGACUCCGCCCACUUCGGCUCGCGCGCCCCCCUUGACGCGGACGUGCGCGCCGUGCUGGUGGGGUACGACGAGCACUUCAGCUACGGCAAGCUCUGCCUGGCCCUGCGCUACCUGCUGCGCGGAGACUGCCUCCUGGCCGCCACCAACCGGGACCACCGCCUGCCGCUGGAGGGGGGCAGCGCCGUGCCCGGAACCGGCUGCCUCGUCAAAGCAGUGGAGACCGCGGCGGAGCGCGAGGCAUUCAUCAUUGGCAAGCCCAGCCAGUACAUGUUUGAGUGCGUGGCCAGCGAGUUCGACAUCGACCCUGCCCGCACCAUCAUGGUGGGCGACCGCCUGGACACAGACAUCCUCAUGGGGAACAACUGCGGCCUGACGACUCUGCUCACCCUCACGGGGGUCAGCACCCUGGAGGAAGUCCAAGGGCACAUGGAAAGCGACUGCCCUGAGAGGAAGAAGCUGGUUCCUGACUACUAUGUCGACAGCAUCGCUGAUCUCCUUCCUGCUCUGAAGGCUUAAAAGAAAGGGAAACUUCUUCAGCUUUUAAAAAGCUAUUUCCCGUCCCCUCCUCCCCCCGCCCUUAGCUGUUCGAGGCGGAUAAUCUCCCCUGGGUUACUGUAAUGUACGUGAUUGCUGCUUGCACAUUUGAGAUGCUUUUAGCACCUAACUUUCGAUUCGAGUUCUCUGUUUACAAAUUCCUUUAAAAUUGCACUUUGGAACAAAGAGGGAAGCGUGUUGCGUCAGUCCGCUUGCUGGCGUCGCAGAAGCGCCAGUGCGUCUGCAGCGUUAAAGGGUCAGGUUGAAGUUUAGCUUCCUUGGGCUGAAGGGGAUCGGGCACCUUGUGGGAAACUGUCACCGACUCUUUUGAAAUUCAGGGAACUGAGCAGUUUGAGGACAGACGCUCUAGAACUUGAUAUGAAGCUUAGUUUUGAUUCUUACUCAGGGCCAGUCUCAGGCAAGUGUGAUUUCAGGGGGAAAGUAGCCACUCAUAUUUUUGUCUAGGGGGGUUUUCAUCCUUCCUUUCUGCCCUCCCUCCCCCUUUUCACUUGCUCAGUAUGCAAAACACAAAUAAUUCUGUCUGUGUCAUGUGUUCUUCCACUUUAGACGUUUGUGUACAAAGUUAGGAAGGACUUCAGAUGUCUAUUUUAAAAUUAUCAUAUAUUGAACGUCAGUUUUAUUGAUGAGGAGGGAAAAGGAGAAAAAGGGAGAGAGAAGUGCUUGAUUUCUAGAGAUUCUCCUCAAGUUCUCUUGUUACACACUACCGCAGCAACUGUAUUUUUUGCAAGACUAAACACCAUUUUCAGUAAGGGGCCGGAACACCUGGAGAUUCCCAAAUUGUACCUGUUGUUGGAUACCAAAACCUGUAGGUCUGACUGAAAGUUGGAAGCCUUAGGUGGAAGAAGGAGUUACCCAGCUCAGCUGCUGGGAACAGCUGGGCCUUUGGUGGGAUUUCUCUGGUGUCAGUUUUGUUCUUUGCCCAUUUGAGAGUCUGUUUUGAGAAAGCAAGUACAGCUACUUGCAUGGUGCUUCCUGAUCAAAUCUUUCUUGAGAAUUGGAUGGAAAGACCUGGCAGGAAUCCUUGGCAGAUCCACCUUGGCCCCAGUGGCCUGCUGAGCGGGGCAGGUGGAAGCUUUGCAGUUUUGUGGCAAGUCAGAUGAAUUGUACUUCUUCAAGUGCCCAGGUAGCUUUCUGCCUGUGGCCCUAACUGCCAAAGUAUGUUAACAUUUCAAGGAACAAGAUCUGUAGAUUAGAAAGGAGCCAGGCCGCUCUUCUGGCAGCAGGGAGAGGGCGCUUUGUUUCGCCUUUCAAACAUUGCCAGGCAUCUUGGACCUGCUGCGCGGUCUGUGACUUUCCCUCGAUCUCAGACACUUGAAACGUGUACUGACUUUGCCGCCCUUCUGUGUUGUAGCAAUAAUUGUGUUGUCUACAGUGGAAGGUGUUUUGUAUCGAUACAUUUAGUGUCAACAUUUGUAUGACUUUUAACAGUACCUCUUUGGAAGUGUUAAAGGUGCCCAGUGAUCACUCGCGGCCCCCCUCCCCCCCCCCAUUAAUCCGUUUUCUAAUACUAAGCAUUUUGUCUGUACGCUCUUGGUUAAGCCUAAAUGUUGUUCUACACACAAGCCAUUUAUUUCUGUCUGGACUGACUUGAAAAUAGCACAACAUCCUUUUUUCCCCUGGUACUUGUGCUUAUGCAAUUUUUUUUGGAGAUUCAGGAAUGUGUAUUGAACAUGAUAAAUGUUGUUUAAAUCUUGUCAGUUUCUGCUCCGGCCUGUUUGCCAGAUCAACAGGGCCUGUUGCUUCUCUUACCUGUUUCUGACCUUGCGGUGCAGCUGCUGCUGCUGAAAACAUGGUGGGAAGCGAAUGCUGGGGGACUUUAAGAGUCACAUUAAACACAACAUCUGGCUGCA